AUGGCCUCCGUGUUCUCCAAUCGCGAUCGCAUGAUCGACGAGGCGGUGGCCUACUACCACGUACUCCUGCCCAAGAUGGUCGCUUGGUCGGCAUGCCUGGUGGAGAACCCGGACGACUUCUACGUGCGCGGGCGACACACCGUGGGCGACCUGAUGGCCGCGCUGCGUGUGCUGAGCUUCCCUGCGAAGGGAGACACUAGUCGGCCUCGGCCAGGGGAGGUUCUUCCCAUGCAAGUGUUGGCCGACUUGGCGGAGUACAUGGACACGCUCGAGUCCGUUCAGAUCGCGGUGGCGAACGUCAUGACCGACGUCCACUGCGGCUCGUUGCUCGUAUCGCUGGAGCAGGCCAACUGGAUCAUGAGGCUUCUCGUGCCCGUCGCUCGGGAGAUCGGGUGGAAGAUGGACGGCUAUACGGCGCUGGCCAAAAAAACCGCGGGUGGAAAGCUCCGCGCGGACGAGUGGAGGACCCCGUACCCUCCUGCGAUACUCUACAUGUAUACAGCUUUCCUGCGCGAUGAGGUCCGAACGGUGGAAGAGGUCCGUGCGGAAUUCAGGACGUACCUUGCUUUCGGGACGGGGCUCUUCGUGCGGGAUGACCAACCGGUGUGGCCACAACGUUAUACCGUCCCGCUGAGGCGCGAGCACGAGCUGUCCAACCCGCACCAGGUGGAGAGAGAAUUCUGGUUCGCGAUGUGCGCACACAUCCAGGUGAUCUGCGCCUCCAGCGACGUGUUCAUUGGGCUGGAUGCGCGGCCUUUGGACGGCGUGCCGAACGAGGCUCUUCAAGGUGGCUGGCUCCAGAAAUUGGGUGUGGCUCUGAGGCGGAUUGAGAGGCGGAUUGAGAGUACGUGUCAAUCUUCGACACCUUGGAGAACAACCUUCAGAGAAGCCCCGGCGUUCAUGAAUAUUUCGCUGGGGUUCAUCACGUUCAUGGAUGUGCAAGACGUGGUACAGAUGCUGACGUCCGAGUCGUCGACAACGGAGCUCGUGUUCUGGGAGUACCAGGCACACAGUCCAUACCCCGGUGUUCCGUGCCUUCCUGUUGGGAUGAUCGAGGGCUCGCCGGGACAUGCGACCUGGUCCGCCCGUCAGGCGAAGCAUUGCCACCGCGUGCUGGCGCACAUGUUGGCCCGGAUGGCAAUCUUUGAGUCUGUGCGGUUUGCCGACGCGGGCUUGAACGCACAGUUGACGGAGCAUCUGCAUUUCUGCCACCAGCGUCUGGGCUGGUUAGCGGCUCAGCUCGAGGGUAUUCCGCUCCGGUCUAAGUAG